AUGUCUUGGCAAGCAUACGUUGACGACCAGCUCCUCGCGACGGGCAAAAUCAGCAAGGGGGCGAUUAUCGGGAAGCAGGGGGGUAUCUGGGCGCAGUCGGCGGGAUACAACCUUUCGCAGAAGGAGCAGGACUUUAUCGUCAAGACUGCCUUCCAGAAGCCUGAUGAGGCACGGGCUGGCGGUAUCACCCUCAGCGGCUUCAAGUUUAUGACUAUAAAAGCGGACGACGAGGAGGUUGUCGGGCGGAAGGGUGAACGAGGUGUCUUCUUGAUUCCCACGACGCAAGCUAUCCUCGUUGCUGAGUACGACACACCGACGCCUGCUGGAGAAGCCAACGUCGUCGUUUCCAAGCUGGGCGAUUACCUCAAGUCGGUGGGGUACUAG